AAUUAAAUUUACUGAAAAAGGUGAAAUUGUCCUGACAAUUUCAAUGUUGUCGAAAGAUUUUGAAGAAAACAGAAUGGGUUCGACUUAUGGUCAAAUGAAUAAAAAUGGAAUUCUGUUAAUUGAAUUACAUGACACUGGCAUUGGUAUGAAUCCUGAAUUUAUACAAUAUGCCUGGAAAAGUUUUUCACGAGGUGAUAUGUCAAUAACCAGGAAACAAGAUGGUGCAGGACUUGGUCUCUCAAUUUGUAAAAGGCUAGUAGAAAUUAAUGGAGGAGAAAUUAAAGCAGAAAGCCAGUUGGGAGUAGGAAGUACAUUUUGGUUUACGUGGAACAUAGAACUAUUAUCAUCAUUAACACCAAUUAUUUCAUCGUCGAUAACACCAACUAUUUCAAAACUUCCAACCCCCUCAUUAUUAGAGGCACAAUUUGAUAAACAAAUAAACUAUGCAUUGCCUAAUUUUAUAAGAAAAAAACGAAUACUAAUAAUUCACUCAGUUAAAAAUAUGAGAAACGCAAUGUUAACAUAUUUUAAAAUUGUUGACAAAGUUGAUGCAUUCGAUACCUUUAACGAAGGUAUUAAAGCUGCCCAAACAUAUAAAGAAUUGUAUAAUCAAUCUGCUUAUGACAUAGCAUUCAUCGGCCUUUAUGAAAAUAAUGAAGAAGAGACCAUGAAAGCAGCAUUAAAGUUAAGAGCAUUAGAUAUGGAUAGUAAUAGAUUGAUAAUAAUUUUUAUAGUAUUUCCUAGUAAUGAAGGAAAUGGAUUAGCAAAAAAAUUUAUUAGAAAGCUUGGAGGAAUCACUUCUGUUAUUUAUACCCCAAUAACAUGGAAAAAGUUGAUUAAUCAAAUUAUUUAUCUAGAAAAAAAUAAUACAGUCUAA